AUGAUUGUGAUGGUCGGUGAGGGAUCCCUAUGUUCAUAUAUACUCCAGAACAAGCUGUGGAACCUCCUCUGCAAGGUGUGCAAGAGGUGGAAGAGGCUUAUCCGUGACCACAGGCUGUGGAGACGUGUGGAUUUAACCAAGUGCGGCGUGGUGAACUCGAGGUUGCUGUGGUUGCUGGUGAGGCGGUACCUGGGCGCCGGACUGCGAGUCCUCUGUCUGAGGGGCCUUCUGUUUUCCGUCAGAAACCGCACUCUCCUCUCUCAGCCCUGGCUGCAGGCGCUUGCCAGACAGUGUCCCAAGCUGCACUGUCUCAUCCUGCUGCACGCUGACCUGAAGGAGGUGGGCAACUACCAGCGCCUGCCUGCCUCUCUGAAGACGCUAGAGCUCAUUACCUGUGAGGUGCCGGGGGCAUUCUUCCACAGCAGUGGUGUCAGCAGUGGGAUCAGGAUAGAGACCUUAGUUGUGGAAAACGUGUCCUCUUUCUCAGACCAGCACCUGAAAGCGCUGGGAAACUGGGAGACCCUGAGGAGGCUUGAGCUGAGGGAUGCCUUCAGGGUGACAGAAGCUGGCAUCCGUGGUUGUGCCAGCGGACACCUGACACAGCUGGAGAGCCUAGAACUCGGGAGGAAAGGCACAUGCUCCACGCAGAACGAGAGGGCGGCGGCGGGCAUCGCAGAGGGACUGCCAGGCCUGGUGGAGCUAACCCUGGGUGGGGCUGAAGUGCUGAACGGGCUGCCUUGUCUCCCGCGCCUGGCCCGGCUGCGUUCCCUGCGGCUCCAGCACUCCUCCCUGUCCCCCGCUGACCUCCUGCCUGCCUGCCAGGGAGCGCCCUCCCUCCGCAGCGUGGUGCUCAGCGAUGUCUCGUUCUCCAGCGCCGCCGACCAGGACUCCAUCCAGCAGGGCUUGCUCCAUUGCGCUGUGACUUGCGUCCGCUGCACUGCAAGGGCUGUGCAAAGUUAGGCCUCACAAAGCAGGACAAAGGCAGUGCCCUCGGUCAGCCAGCAAUGGUCAGACAUUUGCCUCUUGGAGAUCUCCCCCUUUGUUUUGUAAAGGGUUUGUUUUUUCCAGGCAAUUUAUUAAUUCAUAUUUGGUGGAAAUGUAGGCGCUAUUAAAUGUAUUGCUUUCUCUUUUAUCAUCUGUCAGAUUCAUCCAGUAUGAGCUACGUGGGAAAGGGGAAUGAUUGUGAGAGAUGAUUGUCUUUGUGAUAUUGGCACAGACCAGGAGCAGCCACGGAGUUUGAGUCUGGUACUAAAUCUAACUGUAUUUUGAAGUUUGUUUAUUUAUGUACGGGCAGGGGAGUAUUAAAUAAAGCAGACGGAUAAUUAA